AUGGCGAAUAGAACGGUGAAGGAUGCCCACUCGGUUAAGGGGACAAAUCCCCAGUAUCUGGUGGAGAAAAUUAUCAGAACACGAAUAUAUGAAUGCAGAUAUUGGAAAGAGGAAUGUUUUGCCUUAACAGCUGCCCUGAUUGUGGACAAGGCCAUGGAGCUGAAGUAUAUUGGGGGUGUGUUCGGAGGCAACAUCAAGCCGGUGCCCUUCCUGUGCCUGCUGUUGAAGAUGUUGCAGAUUCAGCCAGAGAAGGACAUUAUUGUGGAGUUUAUCAAGAAUGAGGACUUCAAGUACGUGAGAGCACUGGGAGCCAUUUACAUGCGGCUGACAGGCACAUCCACCGACUGUUACAAAUAUCUGGAACCUCUGUACUAUGACUACAGAAAACUCAAGCGUAUGGAUAGAAAUGGCGCUUUCCACAUUGUCCACAUGGAUGAGUUCAUUGAUGAGCUGCUGAGGGAGGAGAGGGUCUGUGACAUCAUCCUGCCUAGAAUACAGAAGCGUCAUGUGUUGGAGGAGACCAAUGUCCUAGAACCAAGAGUCAGUGCCAUAGAGGAAGACAUUGAAGACGUCGAGUCGGAGCAGGAGGAGGACGAUUUUGCUAAAGAGCUGAAGAAAGCUGCACCUCCCCCAGAAAGAAAGCCCAAGAGACCUUCACCUUCUCACACCAGGCGGCCCACAAGUCCCCACAGGAAAGAAUCCAAACGCCACAGAAGUCCAGGCAAAAGGAGGUCAAGGUCACGUGAAAGGGCAGAGAAGCGGCACAGGUCUCCAGAGCACAAACAUAGAGAUGAGGAUCGCCACAAGCGAUCUAGUAAGAAAAGUCGCCACGACCGUGAUGGGGAAAGAGAGCGACACCGCAGCCGUCACGGAGGCAAAGACCGCCACCACAGAGAGAAAGACAAGGACCAGAAGAGCCACAGAGAUGACAGAAGAGAUCGGGCCAAAGAGGAGAGGAAGGAGAAGAGUAGGAGCUCCACAGACCAGGAAAUCCGAGAAGCAAAUGAGAUGAGGGCCAGGUUAGGUCUGGCACCUUUGAGGCCUUAG